GCGCUUCGGCAUUUUUUGUCGUAGUCUAUCUGCACAUGUUUCGCGGCCUGCUCUAUGGCAGCUACCGCAAACCCCGAGAAUUGGUAUGGGUGUUUGGCUGCGCGAUAUUUUUAUGCUUAAUGGCCGAAGCUUUUAUGGGCUAUUUACUGCCAUGGGGACAGAUGAGCUACUGGGGCGCUCAGGUUAUUGUCAACCUUUUUGCUGCCAUCCCAAUCAUAGGCCCUGAUUUGGCGCUCUAUAUACGCGGAGACUAUGUGGUGGGCGAUGCGACUUUAAACCGCUUUUUCGCAUUUCACGUCAUCGCAGUGCCUCUGGUUUUGAUAGGACUUGUCGUUGCGCAUUUGCUGGCUUUACACGAUGUAGGCUCGAACAAUCCUGACGGCGUAGAAAUCAAAAAAGACAAAGACGAGCGCGGCAUUCCCAAAGAUGGCAUCCCGUUUCACCCCUACUACACAGUGCACGAUAUUUUGGGUACAACGGUGUUUUUAUUGGUGUUUUUUGCCGUUUUAUUCUUUGCUCCGACUUUUGGCGGCUACUUUUUGGAGUUUAACAAUUUCAUUCCCGCAGAUCCGCUGACUACGCCGCUGCAUAUUGCCCCUGUGUGGUAUUUCACCCCUUUUUACUCCAUGCUGCGCGCUACUACCUCUGCAAUGAUGCCGUUUUUGUGGCUCUUCUUAAUCGUUGUCGGCGCUGUAUUUGGCGGCUUGGAUGCAAAAUUUUGGGGCGUUGUGGUAAUGGGAGCCUCGGUAGUGAUUUUGUUCUUUUUGCCUUGGCUGGAUAAAUCUCCUGUCAAAUCGCUACGUUACCGCCCAAGCUGGCAAAAAUGGAUAUACGUCGCUUUUGUUAUUUGGUUUCUAAUUUUGGGUUGGCUGGGCAUAGAGCCGCCAUCAACCAUCUACACCAUCAUUGCACAAAUUGGCACCUUGUUUUAUUUUGGUUUCUUCUUAUUGAUGCCUUGGUGGUCGCAAUUGGGUGAACCUAAGGUGCCUCCCCAGCGCGUUAUUUUCAAAGCCCAC